GUGACUGACAGCAAGUGUUUGUGUUUAUGGGUUUUCUAGAGAGAAUUUAUAAACAUUUUUUUACCGAGAUAAUAGGCGUUAGACUAUGCUACAAUAACCUACUUUAAUCUUUCCCUUGCCUCAAGACUUUAAAUCAUCACGAUGCAUUUCUCUAUCCCCGAUUGUCAGGAAUUGAAGGAAGAUAGUAGUUCCUCAUCUUACACGGGAUACAAUAUUCACAUAAAUGGAUUAUAUCAUUGCACAGUUAGAUACAGACAGCUGCACAACCUUCAUGAGCAACUUAAGAGGAUUCACGAUCCUCCGAAUGUCCCUGUGUUUCCACCAAAAAAGUUUUUACCAUUGUCCUCUCACCAAUUAGAGGAAAGACGAUGCCACUUGGAAAAAUAUAUUCAAAUCGUUGGACAAACACCUCAUCUUGCAAACACUGACGUCUUCACUGGGUUUUUACUAUCAGCACAACUUGAAUCCAGUGGAGAAAAAAACAAGGAGAUAUCAUUGGAAGUUUUCUUAAUGAAUAACCUAAAGCUUACCGUAACAUGUAAUGUGAACGAAAGUUCAAGUCAGAUACUGGAGAAAAUAUGUGGGAAACUUAGUUUACCAAUUACAUACAUGUACUACUUCGCCCUCUUCCUGAUAAAUCGAGAUGAUGACGGAGAUAUAACAAUUUUACGUAAGCUACAAGACUUUGAAUCACCCUACAUAUCACAAAAGACUUAUAAGGAUCCCACUACACUAGUUAUCAGAAAAAGUUACUGGGACCCUGUAUAUGAUGAAGAGUUGAUGGGAGACAAGAUAGCUUUGAACCUCCUGUACACACAGACACUGGCUGAGAUGGAGAGAGGCUGGAUAUUGUGUACCAGGGACACCCAGGCUCAGCUGGCAUCUCUGCAGGCUAGAGGAGCUAAGAAACAGUACUUGGAGAUUGCCAGAAACCUCAAGUACUAUGGCUACACACAGUUCCUGCCCUGCACAUGUAACUACCCAGACCCAGGCACAGCAUGUGUGGUGAGCGCAGGAUACAAGGAGUUGUGUCUCCGGGUCAAGCUGGACGGUGGCGACACUCGGGAAGGAGCGUUCAAGGUCACACGCAUGAAGUGCUGGCGAAUCACCAUACACAAUGACACUGAGGAGCCACAGUUGGAACUGUCGUUUGAGUACCUGAUUGCCAAGGAGCAACUUCAGUGGAUCAGAAUCUUCAGUGACCAAGCCAUUUUGAUGUCUGUGUGUCUGCAAUCCAUGGUUGACGAAUUGUUGCUGAAGAAAGUGGGUGCUAAGAUCAAACAGCCCACUAUAAAAGCCAAGAAUGGAUGCUACAACUAUAUGAAGAGAGACGGUAGCAAUCAUCAGAUCAGUGUUAGCCAGUCCAGUUCAUUUGACUGCCUCACCAGUCCAACUAAUGGCCAUGCCAAUUCUCCAACGAGGAGUCAUGAACCGUCAUUAUCCAUGAGGAAAUUGUCGGAAAAACUUACCUCGGUAAGCUUGAAGAACAAGACUCAGCCGUUGGUGGAGAAUGAUGCUUUUGAGGGCAUCGGAGAUGAGGAUCUUUAAUCUCUAGAUAAUUCUCUUGCUCAUUCUUAUGCAUUUACUUUACAUUGACUAGACAGUAAAACUCUUUGCAGUUUUUUUCAAGACCAAUAAUGAAUGCUCACUUUCCUACAAAUGCAAACCUUCCUCUCCAUUAUAUUUGGCGUUUUUCUAUGCCAUUGGAAUUUUUUAUUUUUUUGCAAGGAAAAACCGUGUAAACUCUGGUUUUGUUACUAUCUAGUGUGUACUACCAGUCUACUUUUUGUUAUGUAGCUUCAUCAAUUAAAAUAAAAAACCUGAUUGUAAAUGGCAUCUGGGUACUUUUCUUUAAAAUAUUUUACACAAUGCACUUUAUUACUGCUUUACAGCUAAAAGAGCUGUUUUGGUGAUUUGGAAAUAAAGUGAAAUGCCAUUUUAUAUAGAUUUUGCACAAAAUGUUUAAACAUCAUUAGCGUCAAUAGCCUCAAUUUGUAUUUGGUUACAUUCACUGGUUUACUAGAAACAUUAGUUUUUUCUUUAUUUCUUUAUAUUUCUUUUAAAAUCUCUCCCCCUGUUUCUUGACAAGCAAUCUCAGGAUGAUGUUAUACAACCCCAAUUUAAGGCAGUAACUUAAAUGACCCUGCAAUAUGUAUUUGUUUUAAAAUUAUUCAUAUGGAAAAUUAAAAGUCUAUGGAUACUGUUACAUUUUCUGUCAAUUCUAGGAUGUCUUGUGUAAGGUGUUUAUGAAAGCAUAAGCUGGAACUCUUUUUAUUUUCAUCGAACUGGAACCAACUAAAAAUCACUUGAAAUUAAUUAACUUUUUUAGUCUGGAAUAUUAGUUUAUUAAUAAUUGUCAGAUAAAACCCAAGACACACUUUGCCUGUCUGUUGUUUUAAUACGCCAUUUAUCAUGAAUUAUAUGAUUAGUCUGUAAUGGUUUCUAUAGGGUGUUUC